GAUAUUUUAUUUGUUGUUGUUCUUGCUUUUAACCAUUAUAAAGUGAUUAGCCUCAAUUUUUAAACUGAAUCAUGAAAGACUCCUCUGGCGCCCCAGUGAUGCAUUCUGAACAGACUUUGGAUGUAUUUUGUGCAAAUCAAAUUAGCUCAUCCUCUGCUAAUAUUUCAUCAAAGAAUCAUGUAAAUAAACGAAAAUUGCCAUCAAGGAAGAAGCCUGAUGAUGGUCAUGAUUACUUUUCCAUGUAUAUUAAUUUAAAGCCGAGGAUGUCGCUCUUUGAACAAUUUAAUCCCAUUUUGCCGAGUGAAAUGUUUAAAAACAGCCCUGUGAAAAAUCCGGUCAACGACUUUUGUGGAUUUCCUUCAUCUGUGGAAUCUGGAAGUAAGAUUGCUAAGUUGAGAAAAGCAAUAUUCAAUGAACAUGAACUCGAUGACUUGUGUCCCACUAAGCCUUCUCAUAACUGUUCAACUGUGGCAAGAUGUAAAACUAAAGAGUCCCAAAUCCAAGCUGCCCAGUCUUAUCAACUUGUCAAGCAGAAAUAUCACUACUAUGAAAAUAUAUAUGACAGUGACUUACUAUCUUCUGAUGACGAUAUGCCUCCUCUUAAGAAACGCACUCCAGUAGAUAUUAAUAAAGCACUUGAAGGAGUAAUUUCGUCAUUUGACGACUUUCUUCCAAGUGAAAUGAAAAAUGAUACAAAGAAAACAACUAAAUACGUUGUGUCGCAAAUAUCUGUACAGUGCGAUAGUGACUAUGACAAAUAUUAUACUGAUAAAUCACCCGAAAUUUUUAAGCAAUAUCCUAUUGUUUUCAAGAGUGUUAUUCCCAAAAAGAUAGCAGCUUCUGCUCCUAAAAAAAGGAAGAAAAUCACGAAAGACAAGAAGCACCAAAAUAAAAUGCAUAAACUGCAUAACAGAACUCUUCAAAAUAAUGACCUGCGGAAAAUAAUGCUGAAGCAAGAAGCAAAGGAAUCUUUACUGAAAGCUAAGCUUCACGACCAAGCCAAAGGAACAUCAAAAGUAAGAAGAAGGUCAUUAAUGGCUGUCCCGCGCUUGGUGCUUAAGAAGCUGAGCUCCAGUGAUAUGAAUUCUGCCUUCGCAGAAGCGAUGUCAUUAAGUGUAAAGUGUUCGGCUGAACUUUACCUUCAACUUCUCGCCCUCGAGACAGCUGCUUGGGACCGUACUAAGCAAUUUAGUUCAACAUAUUGUUCCGCCUCAUCUUCAAUUGCUAGCCAAGAUUCAGGUGCGACUUCUCCUUUAAAUGACAAUCCAUUCUGCAAUGAACGUACAGUUGUGUGCGCUAGUGAUAAUACACACCAGAUGGCGCCUCCUUUUGACCAACUGACGCAAGGAGAGGUCGCCUCAGAGUCGAUAGUUGUAGCGUCUACGAGUGCAAGCAAUGAGCCAUCCUCAUCUAAUAUGCAUCUCACGUUCAAUGAGGUGUCCUGUCGUCUUGAGGAUCCAUUGAUAAUCGACUCAAAUAAUCCCAUCGUUAUUGAUAUUGAGUCAUCCUCAUCAGAUAUGAGAUCUGAAUACGAAGACUCGUCAAUUGGUUCACACGAUGCUCUGGGCACUGAAAAACUGCUGACCAAACCAAAACCACUGAAUUACGAUCCCGUCUUGUCAUUAUUAAAUGAACCAAGAAGCUCGAAAAUGUCGCCUUUCGAUGUUGUCAUCGCGAAUUCUACGAUUUCUCCUAUCGACUUGGAAUGCAAAUCAAAAUCAUCUACUGAGACGCUAUUACCACCAUCAGAACGCAGGAAUCCGCCAACUGUGCCUUUGAGAGAAAUUUUGGGUUCUCGUUCAGCAGAGAAGUUAGAUUCCAUUACUGAAGUGACAACUUGGUCUGAGGCGCCAAAACUGUCGGGGGAUCAUGCAGCAAGCAAUGUGAAAUCUCCCAAUGACUCAGGCUCAUCAUCGGCAGGAAAUUAUAAUUUUCUUUCAACGGAGGAUACUCAACUAUCGUCUAAACUGACAUUGAAAAUUAUGAAAACCUCUGUUUUAGAACUCUCUUGUCAUGCCAUGGUUUCCAAAAGGGAAGAAACAGAAUCGAAGGCCUUCAAUGAUUCUAAACCCCUAACGAAGUCCAAAAUGUCAUUUGCAGAAAUUUCCAAAGGUCCAUCAAUGACCAACAAAUCAAGUGAAAAAUCAGACUCUGCACUGGAACACUCUUCAGAAAAUAACGCGUUUCUUUCAGAAAAAGGAAUGAAAAUAUUUUCUUCCUUUCCACGGGCGGAAAAUUCCCCUGAAUCACAACGGUCGAAUGCCACCUUAACAACACCAGCCACCACUACUUCACUGACGAGUGACGCAGUUCAGUGUGCCAACACUACUUCAGUGCUGACGUCCAAGUCACCGCUGCUAGAGCCUCUGGACCCUAAAAUAUUAUGUGCCACUGCAAAAUUAAGUCGAGAAUUUCCUUCCCAAACGGCAAGCUCUCACGAGGCAUCAUAUACACCCGACUGCUACACAGCUUCAGAAUCCUGCGAUGACUCACUUAUCGACCUGGAAUCCUGCAAUGACCCACUUAUCGACCAGGAAUCCUCUAAAGAUCAGCGUUCACCACCAGAGUCCUGCAGUGACCCGUUAGUGAACUCAAGCUGCUGCACGUUAUCCUUAUCUGAUUCACCAAGUUUGGGCAUAAGUACAUCAAUGGACAAGGAGCCACAACUUGCUGAGUCCUCAACGAUUUCUUCCCAGAAUCAAGGGAAAUCUUCGGAUAAACCUAAUUCAUUGAACUCAAGCAUCUUGACUCCUAUCGCUUCUCUCAUACUGCCUUCAUCUGUGGUAAAGUCAAGUCUGCCGCCUGGCGCAUCAUCAAUACCAUCAGUUCACACUUAUACAAACGUUAGUCCUGUGCUUACAAACGUUCUUGUGCCAUUCUCAUCUACUAAAGCGCAAGUUUCGCUCCCUAGAACAACCUGCCCAGUGAGAAGUUCUUUGCAGAGUCCAAACUCAGCCACCCUCUUCUCUGGCUGCGACGAAAUCAACGUCCCCGAAGAAAUAACAUUAGAUUCAAAUGACGAAGACGAUGAAGCUCAAAUAAUCUCGGAGCUCAUUGUCAGGCCAAGAGCUCCUAGGGCUUACCGAUUGACCCUGCUUGUGCCUCAGACUCUCGGCAAAAAGUCAAUGGCUGAUGUAGCUAGAAGCUUCUCAAUUUUCGAUAAGUCAUCCUGCAAUAGAAGCAAACUGACCUUGAAUAAUAUACUUAAAAAUUGUGACAAAAACGGUAGGAUUUUUCUGAAACGCAGAGAAAGAGACCCUUUGACUAUGGAUAAUGAAAUCCAAUUGAUAGACUAUGAUUCGACCGUUAAUAACUGUCAUGAAGAGCAACGGAACUGCUUCAACUCUUCACAAAUAAGCAGAUGAAAAUACAUUGUGAUUUCAGACGACUACCACUCAUCAGUGCGCUUUUUAGAAACAAACCGAUCCCUUCUAUACUAUGCUGAACUUAGAUGUGCCACACAUUGCUUCUAAAUGGAGUAAGGACUACAAGGCCGAGGGCGCACGUGUACGAAUAAUUGUUGAUGUAAAUUACACUUGAAUGUUACAAAGACGAAAGGUCAAGCUGUGUACGUCAUUGCAGAAUUUGAAAACUUCUCUGUUUUAGAAUGUAUAGGCCACGAUGUUCUACCCUUGUUGACAGCAUGGCACUCGUCGGAAGACGUUAGUAAAUCAUUCAUUGACUACUUUUACGGUCCAAAAAUCUGCUCCAUUCAUGUCCUGGGAUCUAUUUGGUAUGGUACGAAUGCAGUUCUGGUUUUAUUUUUUUGAAGUUUUGAGCCUACUUCGAAGUUAUUUUUUAAUUUAUAAGAUUUGUGUUUAAAAAUAAAUAGUAAUUUUUGUGAGAUUAUCCGGUCAGAUAAAACUCGUGUUCAAUAAUGGUUCUUCAGGAGGGCACAGAGCUAAAACAUUUUAUUUGUAGAUAAUCAAUGAAGGCAUUUUUUAUUAUAUUGAAGCAUCUUUGAAGCUCGCUCAACUCGUGUGUAUGUAUAUUGCAGGCAAUUUCCAUUCUUCAGGACUUAAAUAAAACUUAGUAUUGACAA